AGUCGCGGGAGAACACUCUAUUGUCUCUAAUACAAAAAUUUUCACUAUAAAACGCUUGAGCUCACCGUUAUCAGAUAUCAAAAGCAUUCGCAAGCUCAACGUGAAGACAGCUCGAGUAGUCAAGAAAAAGAAAACCAAAGCCUUUCAAAAUGUUCAAAUACGCCGUUGUCAUCUUUGCCGCCAUCGCCUGCGCUGCCGCCAAACCUCAUAUUCUAGCCGCUGCUCCUUUGGCCGUUGCCGCUCCGGCGCCUAUCAUCACCGCCACCAGCAGCCAGGUUGUGGCACGCACUCACAAUGGCAUCGCCCUCGCCCCAGUGGUGGCUCCAGCACCCAUUGCUCCAAUUGCACCAAUCGCUCCAUUAGCCGCACCAAUUGCCCCUCUGGCCGCUCCAGCACCUUUGAUCGCACGUUACGCUGCCGCUCCUGCACCACUUGUGGCCCGCUACGCUGCUGCUCCAUUGGCCUACUCAGCUCCUUUGGCCUCGUACGAUGCCCCUGCUGCCUUCUCGUAUGCCCCCGCAUAUGCACCAACUCUGCGUUAUACCGCCGCCCCCGCUCCAGUAGUGUGGUAAAGAGAACCAUAAACGAUAUGUUAAAGAUAGACUGUGAUAGUUUUUAAGCGAUUAAAAAAUAUUAUUGGAAUAUAGACGAAUAACUAAUAAUUA